UAAUUUGGUGAAGAAGAAGAAGAAGAUGGGAUGCUUUCCAGCCUGUUUUCGCCAUUGGAAUCAUCAUCAUCAUCAUCAUCAUCAUAAUUCACAAACCUUGAAAAAAUUUCAAGAUCAGGCUGUGUCUCCCAGCCAUGAUGAAACUGCCACUCUCUUAGCUCCGACCACCGAAUCGCCGAAACAAGAAGAAGCGAUCGAUAGUCCCGUAAAACUCGUUUCAGAAUCCGAAACCAAGAGUAGUGAAGAGCAGACGAAUGUUAUUGGAAGAAAGGAAGCCGUUUUCGAUCAAUCAAACAUCGAGAUAUGUACUAAUGAACUAAUUACGAGCAGCAAAACCGACAAGUUGGCGGAGAUCGAAAACGAGCAAGUAAUUGAGAACAAGAUCGACGAGAAAGAUUUGAUCCUUCAGGACAAAGAAUGUGUAUUAGCUGCUAUAAACUCGAACGCUAAUUCCAAUGAAGAGGAGGAAUAUUCCUCUGAGUCGUCGUUGUUUUCGUUAUCCAUAGAUUCAAGAAGACGAAUUUAUGCCGUGGAAAUCGGAGAAAAAGAGGUCACCAGUUCACUAAAGCCCACGGAAAUCUCACCCAAGAAAAUCGAUCAUCACCCGUUAUCUUUCAAGAACGACGAUGAUGACUACGACAAGGAGAAUGCCGAAGAAGAGCCGUUGAUAAUAUUAAAGCAAUCGUCAUUUGACGAGUCGUCGAAACGGCGUGUAAUAAGAAGGGAGAGUGAAACUGCAGUUAGCCUUUCGAGCUGGUUGGUUGGAUCUGAAAAGUCGUCGUCGUCGACACCAUAUAAAACAUGUGAUGGAAAUUCCAACUCACCCGAGAGUGAGAAGAACUACAUUGGAGAUAGACGAAUUUUAGGAGAAAUCAAACAUUUGAAUGAGGUUUCAGUUUCAUGUGGUGGUGGUGGUGGAUUGGCGGCAGCGGGCGGCAAAGCUGAUAAUCAGAUGGAAAUCGGCACGGUGGGGAGAUACUGGCGGCAGACGAGCAUGGUGAACGGGCAGAGAAAUGUUUCGACUCGAGUCUGAAAACGGAAAAAGUUUGUUCAGUCUUUUUGUUUAUUUGUUUGCUUGUUUGUUUCACAAGCAUUACAUGUUGAUGAGUUUAGUGAAGUGUGUUCAUCCUUAAAUAUAUAUAUUUUUUAUUGAAAUUCUUGACUCUCACCAUCACCGACCAUCCUCCGUCACCUCCGCCUCCCUCCGCCACCACCACCUUCGCCGCUACUCCCUCCCUGUGGGUAUUAGUCGUCACCACACUCUUCUCCCUCCUUCUCGUCAUCUCCCUCACCGGCCACCAUCCCCUGGCAACCCCGCCCCUCCCCUUUCACCCACCACAAUCGCCGCCUCCUGUUCGACGACAACCAAAACAAGUAAACCACCCCGCGUUCAUCUCGCCCCCAUUUCUUAGCCUACCUCAUUUUCAGGGCUGCCCAGAAUAUCCACGUCAUUGGCAAGACACUAAUUAUUUUUGCUCUGUUUGUGUGUUUUUUGGCUAAAAUACUUUGUUUGUAUAUGUAAUGUUAAUUUAUUUUUAUUGAGCUUGUUCAUUCUGCUACAUUGAGGAAGUUGAUUCACCUAUUGUUUGUUUUGUAUGUAUCGAUAUUCGAUAGUACGUUUUAGAGCAUUGAUUUGUAUCAAAAUUACAUUGGUUAUCUAUAAUUGAUUUACAU